ACCUAGCUGAGAUAUAAACAAGAUGGUAAUGUCUAGGUUGUGUGUGGUGAUGUGUUUGGUGGUGCCAGUGGCUGUCUGCGACAACCGGCAGCCAGCCCUCUACGGGGCGCCCCCGGCUACCUGCUAUGCCCCGACCGUCACCGUCUACGAUACCGUGACAGAGGUCAACACUAAGGUGGAGACGACCUAUAUUACUAUCGUGGAGGAGGUGGCACAGACGCAGACGGAGUACGUCACGGAAACGCAGACAGAGGCUGAAACUCAGUACGUUACUGAGACGAAAGUUAACGUAGCUACUGAGACCGAGCAGGUGGUGACGACGGCCUCCGAGACUGUGUACGAGACACAGGUGGUGACACAGACUCAGAUACAGGUAGAUGAACGUUCGGUGACCAUCACGGAGACUCAGGUGCAGAAGAUGCAGGUCACCAAGUGUGCUGCCCCCACCCCUUCCUACGACCCUUCAAGGCCCAGACCCACCUACAAACCUGCGUCCACCUACCACUCCCCACCAACCGCGCCCAUUUAUCGUCCCACGCCCAUGAUGUACGGAUUCGGAGGCUUCAAGGGCUACAGUGGCUUCAAUGGCUUUGAUUUUAAAGGCUUCAAUCCGUUCCGAGGUUACGGGUCGGAUAAGUAGGCCGGGUAAAAAAUAGCUGGGUGAAUGCAGGCUAUCACUUGGGUUCUCAAAGAUUUGUACCUUAAAUUUUUCUCGUAACUGUGGAUGUGAUGACGUAAUUGCUUGAAGCACAGUCCCAGUCCAAUUUCGACGCCAUUCUGGCAGCCGCUUUAAAGCCAGUUAGAGGUGUCCUUACAUUGUCACUUCGGGGUAGAUGCCAAGGUAGGAAUCUAUAAAAACUGGACCCGGCUCUGCAUCACUCUGAAGUUGUCCUCAGCCAGUGGUUAUAUGUGGGUAAUCUCUCGGUGAUAUGAGAGCUGGAGCAUAAUACCUCCUCCCAGGCUUAUCUGAGAGAACCAGAGUUCUUGUGUUAGUUCUUACUGUUGUAGUUUGAAUUCUAGGCUCAACUGGUCAUGAGCACUCCACCUAAACACUUUAUAGUACAGUAUUAGUAACUCUUAAGGCAACAUUUUUUGAGGCUAUAUACUGGGUGACUCAAAUGCGUACAGUAAACUGCAGGGUGUAUUCCUUGGACUAUUUGUCGGAAUCCGCAUAGUUUGCUAACUACAGCACUUGCAAGAUGUUGGGGGUAAUGAUAGUGAAGUUGGAGUGAACAACCGUAGAUUUUCGUGUAAUUUUAUGCACAUAACUCUACACAAUGUGAUACAAAGGCAGAGGGAGGGAAUUUUUAACAUAUACUGUAAUAACGUAACUGUAUCACAGUGUGUAGUGUUGUGUGCAUAAAAUUACACCAAAGUCUACAGCUGUUUCACUACACUCGCUGUCAUUACAUCAACAUAGGUACAGUAUUAUCAUAAAGACUUUUCUAAUACAGAUAUUUUAAUUGUUUUGAGUACUGUAUUAGUGUAUCUGAAGUUAUAUCUCUUCCCUCAAUAACAUUCCUUUCACCAUUACUAUUGAACCUGAUAGUUGUGAACUCAGUAUAAUAUAUUGUCAAUUGAGGGGAAAAUGUACAGUAUGUUGUGGUCAACUAAUUUCUUUAGAAGAAAAUUUGUUUCUGUAAAACAUCCGUCUAAACUAAUAUUUUUAUAAUGACUCAGUGUUUUAUGUUUUUAUAUUUGUAAAUAAAAUUGAUUUCUUAA